AUGAGUUCCGAAUUCUAUAACAGUGAUCAGUAUAUACAACUGCGCGAGUCUAUCAAAGGCCGAAGUGUUACAAUACCAAACCUAUACAAGCUACUUCCUGAUUGGGAACUCAAGAUUCAUCCUAUGUACCAGAAAACACGAGAUGAAUGUCUUGCUCCCUGGGUGCGACGCUAUGUGGAUGAUGAUCUCACAAGGCGAAAAAUUGAACAGGCCGAUUGCACUCUGUUUUCUGCUAUCCUUUGCUCAAACACUUCGUAUGAGAAACUCUGCGCGGUGGCAAAAUACAUGUUUUGGUAUUUCAUCUGGGAUGACUUGUUCGAUUGCGGUGCAUUAAAGGACGACCGUCAUGCGGCGGCUCUCUACCGAGAUGCAAGUCUGGAAUAUUUCAAGUACAAUCUUGUCCUAGAAGGUGAAUAUCCAGACUUGUCACAGUUUCCACUUGAGCAGCAAAAGGCAUUGCGCUGGUGGGACGAAGUUGGAGCUCACAUUCGCCAGGACUGUGACAAAGAAACUUGCCAAAUCCUUCUCGAACAAAUGCUGGGAUAUGUUUCCAGCGUUAGCAACGUUGACAGUUUGUUCAGCAGCAGUGCCAUGCCAUCGGUGGAGAGUUACUGGCAACGGAGAGAGCGGACAGCAGCUGUGUACUGUGUUAUAUGCACCUUUCCCUUUGCAUAUGGAUUCAAUAUUAGGAGGGCUCACGUGGAGAAUGAGCACAUGUCCCGCAUGUGGAAACAUACAUCUUACUUGGCUCACAUAUCAAACGAUAUACACUCAUUCCAAAGGAAUAUGUAUAAUGAUGGACAACUGGAGAACCUGAUCCCGGUGCUUAUGGCAAACACAGGACUUGAUGUUAACCAGGCAAUGCAGCUCAGCUACCAUAUCUGUCGUUUGGAAGUCGAGGGCUUCUGCGCCAGUGCAGAUAGGCUCUGUGUGGGUGAGAAUGCCCAAGGACGCCGUAUACGAGAAGUCUUCAUCAAUUGCUGUACGGACAUGUUUAUGGGACUCAUACACUGGAGUUAUGUUAGCAAGCGCUGGAUCAAGCAAACCGAUAUCAAUCCUGAUGAAACUAUUACAUUCCAAGUUGGAUCUACUUGGAGGUCCUCGGUUGAACAAUAUUUGACAAUGAUGUGGCUGAAUUUGAAAGGGUUGUUGGGAAGACGUGAAGGGCCCUCUGGCCAAAAGGUUAUUAUCAGCUAA